AUGGAGCGUGUCUCGCCGUGGCUGCUGCUGGUGGUGCUUCUGGUGGCCGCCGCGUCCGGGCGGAGCGCGCGCGGCGAUCCGCAGGUGCCGUGCUACUUCGUGUUCGGGGACUCGCUGGUGGACAACGGGAACAACAACGACAUCGCGUCGCUGGCGCGGGCCAACUACCCGCCCUACGGCAUCGACUUCCCGGGCGGAGCCACCGGGCGCUUCAGCAACGGCCUCACCACCGUCGACGCCAUCUCUCGGCUUCUGGGCUUCGACGACUACAUCCCAGCGUACGCGGGAGCAAACAAUGAUCAACUCCUCUCCGGCGUCAACUUUGCCUCCGCCGCCGCCGGAAUCAGGGACGAGACCGGCCAGCAACUGGGACAGCGCAUAAGCUUCGGCGGGCAGCUCCAGAACUACCAGGCGGCGGUGCAGCAGCUGGUGAGCAUCCUGGGGGACGAGGACUCCGCGGCGAACCACCUGAGCCAGUGCAUCUUCACGGUGGGCAUGGGCAGCAACGACUACCUCAACAACUACUUCAUGCCCGCCGUCUACGCCACCAGCCGGCAGUACACUCCGGAGCAGUACGCCGACGUGCUCGCCAGCCAGUACACGCAGCAGCUCAGGAUCCUGUACAACAACGGGGCGAGGAAGGUGGCGCUGAUGGGGGUGGGGCAGGUGGGGUGCAGCCCGAACGAGCUGGCGCAGCAGAGCUCCGACGGGGUCACCUGCGUGGCGCGGAUCAACGGCGCCAUCGAGAUCUUCAACCGGAAGCUGGUGGAGCUGGUGGACCAGUUCAACACGCUGCCGGGGGCGCACUUCACCUACAUCAACGCCUACGGGAUCUUCCAGGACAUCAUCAGGUCGCCGGGGGCCAACGCCUGA